AUGUCCUGCCAGCAGAGCCAGCAGCAGUGCCAGCCACCUCCCAAGUGCCCUCCCAAGUGCCAGACACCAAAGUGCCCUCCCAAAUGCCAGACACCAAAGUGUCCUCCAAAGUGCCCCCCAAAGUGUCCUCCUAAGUGCCCCCCUGUGUCAUCGUGCUGCAGCCUGGGGUCUGGUGGCUGCUGUGGCUCCUGCCAGCAGAGCCAGCAGCAGUGCCAGCCCCCUCCCAAGUGCCCUCCUAAGUGCCAGACACCAAAGUGUCCUCCCAAGUGCCAGACACCAAAGUGUCCUCCAAAGUGCCCCCCUAAGUGUCCUCCUAAGUGCCCCCCUGUGUCAUCCUGCUGCAGCUUAGGGUCUGGUGGUUGUGGUUCCAGCUCUGGGGGCUGCUGUGGUUCCAGCUCCGGAGGCUGCUGCAGCUCUGGGGGUGGUGGCUGCUGCCUGAGCCACCACAGGCCUCGCAGAUCUCUUCGUCGCCAUCGUCACAGCUCUGGAUGCUGUAGCAGUGGUGGCAGCAGUGGCUGCGGUGGCAGCAGUGGUGGCAGCAGCUGUGGCAGCAGUGGCUGUUGUGGCAGCAGUGGUGGCAGCAGCUGUGGCAGUAGCCAACAGUCUGGUGGCUGUUGCUAA